AUGAUGGGUGAGGUUGGGAAGAUACUAUAUAUAGUGGUUGUCGACGAGGCUGAGAAGAAAGACAAAGACAAAGAAAAAGGCAAAGAGUCAUUUCGAUAUACGCGUCCUGUUCUACAGAGUACUCUUCAGCUUAUGGGAUGCAAAGCGCGACAUGCCGUCAAGAUCAGCCGAAGAGUUUUUGAACGCACAAGAAGCGAGAGUUCUAAUGAUAAUUUGCAGCCUGAUGUUGUGGGUUUAUCAGGUCCUGAUGUUCCCAAGGGAAAUUUUGUGAAGAAAGAUGGUCAUUAUGCUGGUGUUUACAUGGGUAAAGCAGACUUAGGCAACCAAUUACUUUUGGGGAAAGAUUAUAGAAGGAAGAGUGUACCAUUUGAGUUAUACAAAAGGCGAACAACUGCUUUCCUUAUGAGAGAAACUUUUCUAGAUAUUGUCUGUGAUGCUCUGGCUGAGUACAAGUAUGUGGGUCCCAACCAGAGAGCAGACUUGGUUCUAGCCUGCAGGAUCCGUGAACGGAAGGAGUCUGUGACAGUGCUGUUGUGCGGCACUAGUGGCUGUGGCAAAUCCACAUUGUCUGCUUUACUGGGUAGCAGGUUGGGAAUCACGACAGUGGUAUCAACUGAUUCUAUUAGGCACAUGAUGAGAAGUUUUGCUGAUGAGAAGGAAAACCCCUUGUUGUGGGCUUCUACCUACCAUGCAGGCGAGUGUUUGGAUCCCGUUGCUGUUGCAGAAGCAAAAGCCAGAAGAAAAGCAAAAAAGCUGGCUGGUGUGUCACGUUCACUUUCCAAGGAUGAUGUAACUGAGGGUCACAAUUCUAACAAACCUGAUUUACCGUCAUCGGAGACGGGCUCUGGUACUACUGAACUUCUGAGUCCUAAACAAAUGGCUAUUGAAGGAUUUAAGGCACAGAGUGAGAUGGUGAUUGACAGUCUUGAUAGGCUAAUCACUGCCUGGGAAGAGCGAAAAGAGUCCGUUGUUGUUGAGGGUGUUCACUUGAGCCUCAACUUUGUGAUGGGGCUCAUGAAGAAACAUCCGUCAAUCAUACCAUUCAUGAUAUACAUUACAAAUGAGGACAAGCAUUUGGAAAGAUUUGCUGUACGUGCAAAGUAUAUGACACUGGACCCAGCUAAAAACAAAUACGUAAAGUAUAUCCGAAACAUCAGAACAAUCCAGGAUUAUCUCUGUAAGCGUGCUGAAAAGCAUUUAGUCCCCAAAAUAAACAACACCAAUGUUGACAAGAGUGUAGCAGCCAUCCAUGCAACUGUCUUCAGCUGCCUUCGAAGGCGUGAAGUUGGGGAACAACUAUACGAUCCUAUUAGAAAUACUGUAACAGUUGUUUAUGAGGAAUAUAGAAAUCAAUGUGCAGCAAAUUCUUUGAGCUCAAAAGGAAUGUUUCAAUUGAUCCAGAGAAAAGGUUCUUCAAGGAAUCUGAUGGCUCUUGUUAAUACUGAUGGAUCUGUUGCAAAGGCUUGGCCUGUUAAUUUAGUUGACAGUAAUGGGAAGCCUAUAUGUGGCCAUGGACAAGAGAAUGGAAUUGGACAUCCAAUGUAUGGUCCCUUACGGAUUGGUAAGUCAGAACCUGUAAAUCUUCAGUUUGGUUUUUAUGGGAUCAGUGCUUGGCCUAGUGAUGGUGGCACUAGUCGUGCUGGAAGUGUUGAUGAGUCUAGAGCUGAUGGAACUGAUACCGGUAGUAGAUAUGUAUCCUCUUGCUGUAGCUCACCAAGGUUAUCGGAUUGCCCUGCGAAGGAGCUCAAGGAAGACUUCUCCGUGCAUGGUAGUGAUGAAGAGAUUGACGAUCACCCAGAGGUGGGCAGUGAUGAGGAUUUCAGUGAUGAUAAUGACAAACAUGUCCACGACGAGGUAGGAUCAGUUGAUGAGGAAUCAACAAAGUCUGAUGAAGAGUACGAAGAUCUUGCAAUGCAAGAUGUGAUGGAAAAUGGGUAUUGGUCAGAUGAUGAUGAUGAUGGGUUAAAGAGCAAGCCUGGUGGUGUUGCCGGUGAGCAAGGAACUAAAAUGCAUGGGAAUAAGUAUCGUAGAAACCUGGAUAUAUUCCUUAGAACUAGAAGUGAGCCAUUGCCAGUGGCAGGGGCAGGGGCAGUUCCAGAGCCCAUGUGCUCUUAUUCUUCUUUGCUUGCUGAAAAGACCGAGAAGAAACUAGCAUCAACCGGCAAAGCCAAAUUUAGAAAACGUUCUCUAAGUAUUCCCGCUUUGGGAAAACAGAGUUCAGCAAUCAAUGACCCCAUCCUUUCUGGUGCUCCUCAAAGGUAGCAACCACAUUGCUCUUUUAUCGUUAAGUCUUAACAACCAACCAGCAUUCUUUUUUUGGGCUUCUGAUUUACAUUAUCUUACGAUGUCUCAUGUGUAUAUAUAGUACAGCUUCCAA